AUGCACAGGCCUGCUAUGACGGUGUUGGGCGACUCCACAAUAGUUCAUUCGCAAUGCCACCAACUUGAUCUUGAACACGACCACCCCUCCAAUCGACCUACACCCUAUCGCUCGUUGCGCAAAGCCAUAUCGAUCCCUGCCGUCUCGUCACUAGUCAAGGGCUCGUGGAAUUGGGCAGGUGAGACCUUGCACACCUAUCGCGAUGGUCUCUCCGCGGAGCAGCGGAAACAGCGCGAGGAGAUCGAAAACCGCAAACAACUCUUCUACUUGAAGAUCAAGAAUGCUGUCACGUACGAGGAAUGGAGCGAAUGCGCCAGCGAACUAGACGUACUGGAAAACAACAAGGCCUGGAAAUAUACACUGGAGUGCACGGAAUACCACCCACAACUAGUUCACGAGCGAUUAAGACAGCUGGAAGACGCGCGCAUUAGUUGCGAUGUGAGCCGCAUGCUCUUCCUCGUCCGGACGGCGCUCAGCCGCGACCUGGGGAAGAUGAGCAAUGCUUCUCUUUAUCGACAUUCGCAUAUCGGCACCAAGGACCUCAUCGAUCGAUAUAUCAACGCGGCCCUUGAUACGAUAACAACAUUGGUGGACCUCUCGGUACACGAUCGCUGCGAUGGCUUGGAACUGAAAUACAUCCUGAGACCAGCUGCAUUCGGUCGAAGCGCCCUUCUCUUCUCCGGGGGUGCCACAUUUGGCAUGAACCAUAUCGGCGUCCUCAAGGCUCUAUAUGAGACCGGCCUUAUCCCUCGCAUUAUCUCGGGUGCCUCGGCGGGGAGUAUCGUGUGCGCGGUUUUUUGCACCCGUCAGGACGAGGAAUUGGCUGGUCUGCUGGAUACCUAUGCGCAUGGUAACUUUGCUGUUUUCAAUGAGCAUGGACAAGAGGAGAAUAUCUUUCAGAAGACGGCGCGGUUCUUGAAAUUUGGGUCCUUCUUGGAUAUCUCUCACCUGGCGAAUACUAUGCGCAACUGGCUCGGGGACAUUACUUUCCAGGAGGCAUAUAACCGGACGAGACGGAUUUUGAAUAUAUGUGUCUCCAGCGCUGAUAUCUAUGAGCUUCCGCGGCUGCUCAACUAUAUUUCCGCGCCCAAUGUGUUGAUCUGGUCUGCAGUUGCGGUAUCCUGCUCCGUGCCACUCGUCUUUAGGCCCUUUACUUUGAUGGCGAAGGAUCCCUUAACAGGCGAGGCAGUGCCUUGGAACGACCUUCAUAAGCAGUAUAUCGAUGGAUCUGUCGACGGCGACCUUCCAAUGACGCGCCUGUCAGAAAUGUUCAACGUCAAUCAUUUCAUCGUUUCACAGGUGAACCCUCAUGUGGUCCCAUUCCUACCGAAGGAAGAUGGACCAGUCAGCGUAGCCGAACAGGCAUCAUCCCUCGUCCCUCGAUGGAUGAACACGAUGACCCACCUCGCCAAAGACGAAAUGCUUUACCGAAUGACUGUUCUUUCCGAAUUAGGGGUAUUCCCCAACUCAAUGACCAAGUUUGCCUCCAUCAUGAACCAGAAAUACAGCGGCGACAUCAACAUUUACCCCGAACUCAUCUCAUCAAACUUUCCUCGGAUAUUGGAGAACCCGACGACGGAGUUUAUGCAGCAAGCUUGCCUGAGCGGGGAACGGGCAACAUGGCCCAGGUUAAGCCGUAUCCGAAAUGCGGUUGCCAUCGAGCUUGCACUAGACAGAGCCAUCCAACAGAUGCGGGCCCGCGUGGCUUUUAGCCCGGGACAAGUCGAUUUCAGGCUGCAAGAAUCAACUCGUCACUCUUCCGACUUAUCAAUAGAAAAUGGUAGCGACGGACGGGGAAGCAUGCGUAAUCGAAGAAGAGGUUCGCAUGGCCAUGAGUUAGAAAGCAGAAGAUCACGAAGACUGUCUCACAGCGAUCCAGCGCAUGAACUGCGAAAAGCGCACAGCACGGUAUCACUAGAGAACCCAUCUGUCAUGACAUCGAACGAUCCAAUGUCUGCGUCAGUCCGGCCAAAGGCCCACCAUCAGCGUCGAUCUACAAUCUCCGGGAGCGGAGCGCUGUUCGCGACUGGAUCUGCUAGCGACGACGACGAGGAAAAACAGACAGAGGAGGAUGAGCCACUCGACUUUUCCUUCUCCAUUGCACCUCCACCGUUCAAAAAUCAAACUCCCUGGGACGCUUCUUGCUAUCGCGAGGAGUUGAGUCAUGGCCCACGGAGCCCAGUCCGAUCCCGACGAUCUUCAUUCUCUUCUGGCAGGUCACAAAGGAGGUCCGGAUCAGGCCAACGAGGUUCACCAAAACGAGUCUUUGCACCAUCGUCACGCGAUAUCUCCAUGGCAUUGUCUCCAUCAUCGCGCCAUCAACUAAGCAUGACACUGAGCAUUAACCCGAUCUCUCCUGACUCACUCACGCGUAAGCCGCGCUCAUGA